CAGUCAUGUGACACCAGCUGUCCACUUCCGGUAACGAUCUCUGAGGGGGGAAAAGUUGAAGGAAUAUUUUAAGAAAAGUUUGGCCGCUUCCUUCUGAAGUUCCACGACAAACUCCGCGCCGACAUACACGAAACUCGAGUGGGAAUUUGUCAGUUGAAGUGGGAGUUUUUUGCGUAGGGGCCACAAACUUUGGAACAUGUCAACGACAGCUUUGUACAACGACCAAGGAGGAGCGGAGGCUGCGGUGGAAGCUGGCCAGGAGAGCGCCCCCUCCACCGUCGGGGCCGCCUUUGGACUCUUCAGCGCUGACUUUAAAAAGAAUGAAGACCUGAAAGAAAUGCUGGAGAGCAACAAGGAGUCGCUCAAACUUGAGGCCAUGAAGAGGGUGGUCGGGCUGAUUGCGAAAGGAAAGAAUGCAUCCGAGCUGUUUCCCGCCGUGGUGAAGAACGUGGCCAGUAAGAACAUCGAGCUGAAGAAGCUGGUGUACGUGUACUUGGUGAGGUAUGCGGAAGAGCAGCAGGACCUGGCCUUGCUCUCCAUCAGUACCUUCCAGCGGGCCCUCAAGGACCCAAACCAGUUGAUCCGGGCCAGUGCACUGAGGGUUUUGUCUAGCAUCCGCGUGACCAUCAUCGUCCCCAUCAUGAUGCUGGCCAUUAAGGAGGCCGCCGCCGACCUGUCUCCUUACGUCAGGAAGACCUCCGCCCACGCUAUCCAGAAGCUUUACAGCCUGGACCCGGAACAGAAGGAGCAGCUGAUUGAAGUGAUCGAGAAGCUCCUGAAGGACAAAAGCACGCUUGUGGCGGGCAGCGUGGUGAUGGCCUUCGAAGAGGUGUGCCCGGACCGCAUCGACCUGAUCCACAAGAACUACCGCAAGCUGUGCAACUUGCUGGUGGACGUGGAAGAGUGGGGCCAGGUGGUCAUCAUCUCCAUGCUCACACGCUACGCACGAACGCAGUUCACCAGCCCGUGGAAGGAGGGCGCCGUCUUUGAGGAAAACCAUGACAAGACCUUCUACGAAUCGGACCCAGAGGAGAAAGGCGAGGCGGCGGAGGCCAAGCCGUACGUCAUGGACCCGGAUCACCGGCUGCUGCUCCGGAACACCAAGCCGCUGCUGCAAAGCCGAAACACGGCGGUGGUGAUGGCGGUGGCUCAGCUUUACUGGCACCUUGCACCCAAACAGGAAGUCAACGUGGUCACCAAAUCGCUAGUGCGCCUGUUGAGGAGCCACAGAGAGGUGCAGUACGUGGUUCUUCAGAACAUCGCCACCAUGUCCAUUCAGAGGAAGGGGAUGUUUGAGCCUUUCAUGAAAAGUUUCUACGUCCGAUCCACCGACACCACACACAUCAAAACACUGAAGUUGGAGAUCCUGACCAACCUGGCCAAUGAGGCCAACAUCUCCACCAUCCUAAGAGAGUUUCAGACGUACGUCAAGAGUCAGGACAAAGCUUUCGCGGCGGCCACCAUCCAGGCUAUCGGCAGGUGCGCCACCAACAUCGCCGAGGUGACGGACACCUGCCUCAACGGUCUGGUGCUCCUGCUGUCCAACAGAGAUGAGGGCGUGGUGGCCGAGAGCGUGGUCGUGAUCCGCAAGUUGCUGCUCACGCAGCCCACCCAGCACAGCGAGAUCAUCAAGCACAUGGCCAAGCUCUUCGAUAAAAUCACCGUGCCCAUGGCUCGGGCCAGCAUCCUGUGGUUGAUGGGCGAAUACUGCGAGCGCGUGCCCAAGAUCGCGCCAGACGUGCUGCGCAAGAUCGCCAAGACUUUCACCGCCGAAGAGGAUAUCGUCAAGCUGCAGGCCGUCAACCUAGCGGCCAAGCUCUACCUCACAAACUCCAAGCAGACUAAGCUGCUAACCCAGUACAUCCUCAAUUUGGGCAAAUACGACCAGAACUAUGACAUCCGCGAUCGCACCCGCUUCAUACGGCAACUGAUUGUGCCGAGCGAGCAGAUGGGCGCCCUUAACAAGUACGCCCGCCGCAUCCUUUUGGCACCCAAGCCCGCUCCCGUGCUCCAGUCUGCUUUCAAAGAUCGAGAUCGUUUCCAGCUGGGCACGCUUUCUCACAGCCUCAACAGCAAAGCCGCCGGAUACCAUGAGCUGUCAGAGUGGCCCGCGGUGGCACCUGACCAGUCUGUGAGGAACGUGGAAGUCAUUGAGCCGGUAAAUGAGUGGGCGUCGCUGGUCGGGAAGGCCAAGCCGCCGCCUGAUUCAGAUGACAAAUUCUACUCUGACGAGGAUGGAGACAAAAAGGAGGACACCAGCGACGAAAACAGCAGCAGCACAAGCACUAGUAGUAGUAGCAGCAGUGAAGAGUCUGGAAGCGGCAGCGACGAAGAGGAUGGUAGCAGCCAAGAGUCUGACGAGAGCUCCACCGAUUCCGGGAAAAGUUCUGGGGAAUCAAAUAAGAGCUCCGGCGAUUCAGGUUCAGAACAGAAGAAGAAGAUAGUGAAAAAGACCAAGAAAUCUCAGAAACACAAGCAAAACACUGCUGACAGCGGCAAAAGUGGCGACGAACCAAUGGACGAAGGAAGCAGCUCGUCAGCUGAAAGCUCUUCGUCCGAGUCGGACUCUGAUUCGGAAUCGGACUCCGAAGCUCAGCGGCCCAAGAACAAUGUCAAGGCUAACCCCAAAGUGGACAACACGUCUAAGGAAGUGUCCUUGCUGGAUCUCGACGAUUUUUUUCCAGCUCCCACGAACACAAGUAAACCCUUUGCGGUCACUUCCAGUUUGAUGUCAGACCUGGAAGGACUUUCCCUCUCUGGUGGAGCUGCCACCAUCACACAGGUGACGAGUCUGUCUUUCGGGCUGGUGAAAAGCUACGAGCUGCUUCACCACAUGAGCGGGAAAGGCCUGUCGGCUAAGUACUGCUUCCCUCGCCAGCCUUGCCUGUACGGGCCCAGCAUGGUGGCCGUGCAGGUCACCCUAACCAACAACUGCGAGCGCCCCUUGGAGGAGAUCCAUGUCGGCGAAAGCGGACCCGCCGGCCUUGACAUUCACGCUUUUAACACUAUUGAGCGCUUGGAUCCGGAGGCCUCCGUCACCGUUUCCAUGGGCAUCGACUUCAAUGACUCCACGCAGGCGGCCAACUUCCAACUGUGCACCAAAGAGGAGCGCUUUAGUGUUUCAAUACAGCCUGCCGUGGGGGAGCUUCUGACGCCCUGCACCCUCAGUGAGACAGACUUCUCCAAGGAACAAAGUAAACUCCGAGGAAUGAACGAAACCUCGGCAACCAUUGUCAUGGCGACGCCUGACAUUUCAGACCAAGCUGUCGCCGAACGUGUCCUUUCAGUUGCCAACGUGGGCGCGGUGGCCUCCUCAGAAAGUCAUGUACUAAGGUUUGCGGGUCGCACGGUGAGCAGCAAGGUUCUGGUUUUACUUCUCCUGGACCUGAAGGAGCAAACAGACAGCGUCUUGCUGACAGUCAACACAGAGAAGAGUGUCAUGGCGUCCAUGUUGCUGCGGGACCUCAAACAGACCUUGGCCCAGGCAUAGAACUCCUACAACACUUUUUUUUUUUUUUUUUUUUUUUUUUUUUUUUUUUUUUUACACCUAGUUCAAGCCACAUUACAAAAAACUGGAGCUAAUAUUUCGUAAUGUGUGUUAUAGUUUUCCACAGUUUCAAUGUCCUUAAAAACACUUUAUUAAUCAUAAAGCUGUCAAACUGAGUGGCUACGUUUCAUACGUUUUCAAAUGAUCUAAGCGCAGUAUUUCCAAUCGAAUUUCAACUUUCCUCCAAAUUGGAAAAGCAAAGCGUUGUUUGCUUUUUCCACGGCCGCUAGCACCUGUUAGCUCGCCUGUCACGGCGCAUCCGUCACCGUCGCGCUCGUUCACGAGCGCACCUGUUUACACACACACACACAGACUCUAAAAAUUUCACAACUGUUCAAAUGGAUCGGACAUCUACCACAGUCAGUGGAGAUUAACGAGUUAAAACAAAUCUUGGAUAAAUAAAAUCACUUUGAAUAGAACAGAGCUGCGUUUUUCUUUACAGAAAAACUACAGUCAUGUGAAAAAAUUAAGACACCCUAUGGAACACACCCUGUGUGUUUUCUUACAUAUUUGGUCAUACGGAUAUUUAAUACCAAUUUUAACAAUCUUGAUGGAUUCAAGUGAUAAAACUAAACAAUUAAAACUGGAAAAAAAAGAUAACUUUCUGUAAAAUGUAAUUUUAAAUAAAUGCCAUUUCUGUUGAAUAAAUUUGGACACCCCCAUAUUCAAUCCCACUUAAAAUGGCUAAAAUCACACACAGGUCCAUCACAUCAGGUACACAUGAUUAGAUCAUCAUUACCCAGUGUUUUGAAGGAGGCUUGUCUUAUUUUAACCUCACAUUUAGUUUGGUGUGCCCCUGACUGUUGCAGUGAGAGAAAACACCAUGGUUAGAUCAAAGGAGCUGUCUGAGGCCUUCAGAAAGAAGAUUGUGGACCCUUAUGAGUCUGGUGAGGGAUUUCAAAAGCUCGGAAAAGAAAAGAAAAUCAGCCAUUCCACUGUCCGGAAAAUAAGAGGACAUUCAAAAAAACUGCCAAAAUGCCAAGGUCUGGCCGUCCAAGCAAGUUCACCCUGAGAGCAGACCGCACAAUGCUAAAAGAAGUCCUCAAAAACCCUCAAAUGUCAUCACGGGACCUACAGCAGGCUCUUGCUAAUGUUGAUGUGAAAGUGCAUGCCUCUACAAUCAGAAAGAGCCUUCUGAAGAAGAUGUUACCUUUUCUUGAAGGUACAUUUGCAUUAUUCUAACAGCAGCUGUCGAUUAUUUUAGUAGUCGAUUAAUUGAUUAACAAGUUAGUUCGAAUAAUCGGGUAAUCGGAUAACGAACAUAAAAAAUUAAAAUACCUGAGCUGAGCCUUAAACGGUAUUUAAAUAAAAAUAAAAAAUGAGGAUCUAUGUACAACAAAAUAACAAUUGGCUAACUUACAUAGCAAAAGUCCACUAGCUUAAAUGCUUUAAAAUGCUAAUGUUUUUUUUUUAGGGCUGUCAAAAUUAUUGCGUUAACGGGCGGUAAUUCAUUUUUUUAAAUUAAUCACGUUAAAAUAUUUGACGCAUUUAAUGCACAUGCCCCGCUCAAACAGAUAAAAAUGACAGCACAGUGUGAUGUGCAUUUGUUACUUGUUUUUGGAUGAUUUGUCGGCCUCUGCUGGCGCUUGGAUGUGACUGAUUUUAUGGGUUUCAGCACCAUUGUGUAAUUAUUGACAUCAACAAUGACGAGCUACUAGUUUAUUUUUUUGAUUCAAAGUUUUACAAAUUGUAUUAAAACGAAAACAUUGAGUGGGGUUUUGAUAUAAAAUUUCUAUAACUUGUACUAAUAUUUAUCUUUUAAGAACUACAAGUCUUUCUAUCCAUGGAUCACUUUAACAGUUAAUUAUGUUAAUGCCAUCUUGUUGAUUUAUUGUUAUAAUAAACAAAUACAGUACUUAUGUACAGUAUGUUGAAUAUAUAUAUCCGUCUUGUCUUAUCUUUCCAUUCAAUAAUAAUUUACAAAAAAAUAUGGCAUAAUUCAUAGAUGGUUUGAAUUGUGAUUAAGUACGAUUAAUUAAUUUUUAAGCUGUCAUUAACUCGAUUAAAAAUUUUAAUCGUUUGACAGCCCUAGUUUUUUUUUUUUUUUUUUUUUUUUUACAAUGCUCUUAACAAAUGGUUCAGACACAUAUUCCCACAAAUCAGCUAAAUAUACCUAUAAACUAAAUUAUGAAUGCAUUAAAAAAACAUUAGCUCAAACAAAAACUUAGCUUACAUUGGUCUUAACAGGGAGCAGUUAGUUUUAGCUAUGUGAAAUGAGGCAGACCAGAGGGCAGUGUAUCCACCCUAAUCGAUAAAACUAAAUGCAAACACUUUCAAAACAAACCAUUACAAUGCCACUUUAAUUAAACGAAUACUCGAAGCAAUAAAAUUCGAAUAUUUUUUUUCUAAUCGAAUACUCGAGUUUAUCGAUUAAUCGUUGCAGCACUAAUUCUAACACACUUAAUAUAAUCAAUCAGGGAUUAGUAUCUUUUCUCUUAUUUACCGAUCGACUGUUUGUAUUACUCUAACACACCCAAUAUAAAAUAAAUAGCACUUACACCAUAGAUUAACCCAUUUCAACCCGCCGGUCACAAUAGUGACCAGAAAACAAUAUUUUUUUAAAUAAUUUUUUUCUUUAUUAUUGAUUACUGAAAGGGGGCAAUCCGGUUUGGUAGUUUGCAUGUCUGGGGAAAAUUCGGGAUAAAAUGGGUUAAGGAAAACAAGCUGAAUAUAGGGGAUUAAUAUACAUGACGCCUUCUUAUCACGUGUGCAACAUGCAACUGACUGACCAACUCUCGCAAUCAGUUCUCCCGGACAGUCCAGAACAAAUGGCAGGACGCUCUGUCCCAACACAAGGAACACCGGAGAACACCCGAAAUCCAACUGAUAACACGACUGACAAGAGCCCAUUUCACGCUGAGGUGGCAAAAUCCACAACCCUCAUUGCCCGGACAACAGUAACUUCUGAAUCCUCCUGUCCAAUCCACAAACAGACAAUAAUCCUAAACACACCCUUCUUCCCGCCCCGCAAGAGCCUUCAAAAGACUGAAUGCUUAACUAAUCGUGGUUAUUUUUUCUCGGGAACCUUUUGUUGAUGUGUGAUAGGGUGACCUUGCCUCCCGGCCUGAGUCUGUUUCCCUUUCGCCUUGCUGUUUGAUCGCUGUCGACCUAAAUGAAUUGUCAACUUGUUUUUAAUGAGCCAUCUUUAAGCAUUUCAAAAUGGAAUCAGUAAAAAGGGUUAAGACUAAGGUCAACGCGUGGAGUUGAGAGAUGUCGGGGUCCCGCCGACCAGGGUCAUCUGAUUUGCACCAGCGCGGGUUCUGCGGUCGGCUGGUGCGAUUCCGGCAGUCUGGCUAAAAGGUCAGAUUCCUUCACAAGUUUAACCUUCAUGAGAGUUGUGCAAGGAGGAAACCUUUGCUCUCCAAGAAGAACAUGAAGGCCAGACUGAAGUUUCCCAGAGUGAAUGCAGACAAAGACCAGGACUUCUGGAAUAAUGUUCUUUGGAAACCAGAACAGAGGACAAAAGAACUUCAUACUAACCGUGAAACAUGGAGGUGGAAGUUUCAUGGUUUGGGGAUGCUUUGCUACAGCAGGACCUGGCCAGCUCAGCGUCAUAGAAUCCACCAUAAAUUCUAUCGUGUAUCUGAGGGUGCUUCAGGAACAUGUGAGAUCAACUGUGAUCUUUUUCCUCAGUUAGAAUAUGCAUUUUUGUGUAUAUAUUUGGUUUAAUGAGUUAAAGUUAAUUUUUGUUGUUUACCUGCAAUUAAAUCCCUUUCUUUUCCAGAGAUAAAGAAAAACAAGAUCAGACAUUGAUAUGUAAACAUGUCUUAAUAAAGAACUGACGAUAUAAUGGGGUUUCCUAAUUUUUUCACAUUAUUUUAUGAAAGUCAGCGAUUUGGACCAUCAUUUUUUAAUUAAAAUAGAUUAAAUGCAUUAUUUGUAUAUAUUUGUGUCCAUGCACAGCCGCUCAU